GCACAGUUGACCUUGAGUCUUAAUGAAAUUCUGUUGUGAUCCUAUUGAAACCAUACACUGCUAAAAUCAAAGAGCCAUUGACUGCCUCUAAACUAAAGAAAAAUAUUUCCAAAACCUAAAACUUUAGAUUGACUCAAAACCAAUAAACAAUGUUUACUACAAUGGAUGUAUAUGAUGCAGCCUUAUCUAUCGGUCGUGAAUGCCAGUUAAUUGUUGAUGAGUAUGGUGAUGAUGUAUUAAGAGAUUUAAUGCCGAAAAUUGUCUAUAUUUUGGAAGAAUUAGAAGCUUGUACUAGUUAUUGUGAUAAAGAAAAGGAAGAAAUUGCACGCCUUCAAACAGUUGCAGAUGAACUUCGUCAAGAUCAGAAAUCUGACAUUAUACUUAAAGAUAAAUAUGAUAAAAGUUUGGAACAGCUUGAACAAAGUUGGUAUUGUGAAAGUCAAAAGUUAUUGCAAGAAAUUGCUGAAUUAGAACAAGAAAAUGUUCGUUUAACACAUCAUUUAAUUUCUUCUUGUCAUAAAGAGGUCAGAGAACAGGAAGAUUCCAAUAUCUUACAAAAUUGUGUAAUGUGUGAUGAAUCAAAUAUUAUAUGUCCAACAUCUCACCAGUCAAAAGUAGGUGCUUUUUUAUUAGCCACUGCAAAGUUGGGUCUUAAAGGUGUUUCAGCCAAUCUUGACACGGACAAAAUUUAUGACAACUUAAAAAUCAAACCUAGUGAGGAGGAAUUAUCUGAUGUGAUGUCUAGUUUACUAUUGGAGACGGAAGAAAGAAUACAGUUAACUGAACAAGAAAAUCGUGCAGCUGAUCUUCAACUAGUUCAACAACUAAAAGAAUGUGUAGCAAUUAAUUACAAAACUGCACGACAAAUUCGUCGUGAGUUAACUGAAGUUGGCGCUUCAUUAGAUGCAUCGGAAGAAGAAGUUUGUCGUUUAGCUCGUCAAAGCGGUCAAUUAUUGGCAUCUUGUGCCCCUCAUAGACGUCAAACUGGUCAAUUGGUGUCAGAAAAAGCCACACUUGAAACACAGUUAUGUGUAAAAGAACGAGAAUUGGCUAAUUUACUGAAAGAUUUAUCAAAUAACGAUACGCUACAUAAUAACCAAUCUGGAAUAAUGUCGAAUACAUGUGAAUCAAUACUACAACUACCUGCUGGACAAGGUUUAGAAUCAAUUAAUUUUGAACAAGAAUCAAAUACUACUAAUAAAUAUAUCUCUGUAGAAGAAUUACGUUAUCUGCUACAUGAACGAAAUGAACUUAAAUGUCGACUAAUUGAAUUGGAAGAAGAAUUGAGACUGUUAGAGUUAGAAAAUCAAAAGGAUCCAGAAGUAGAAGGACCUAUGUUGCCUGAACCACCUGAAAAACUUCGUCCAAAUAGGAAAAACCGUUUAACUAUAAAAAUGAUCUUUGAAAAUCUUCUUCAUCAUUUAACUGAACGUGCUACAACCAUAUUAUCAUGAAGCUGGUUGGUUGGUUAUUAUCAUGAAUAAUAUUCCCUACACAAGAUUCUUUUGAGCUAUUAUACGCAUUUAUGAUCCUAUUGACUUAGAUUGCAUAAUACACAAUAAUUGUAAUAAGACUCAUAAUGAUAAAUAUAUAUAUGACUGUAUCCGUCUGUGUCGUGUGUGUGUGUGUGUGUUUGUGCAUUUCAUUUGGAGUUGGUCAUUUUAUGCUUUCUAUGUUUUAGUUUCUAUUGAAUUAAAAGAAAAUAUUCAAUUGUUAUUUUUUGAAUUUUAUUAUCAUUAUUUAUAAUAUUUUGUUUCUUUUUGUGAAAUAUGUUUGUAAAAUUGAUUAAUUUUGUUUUUAUUAUUUUACACUGGUGAUAAAAUUCAUCUAUUUUACCAAUACUACUUCAUUUUAAUUGUCAGUAGUCAUUCUAGUCAUGAAUUAAUUUAUUUGUGAUUUAUUUACUGUUUUAUAAUUUUUGUUUCAAUAUUAUUAAAAAGAAGUUCUAUGUUAUUUAUUACUUAAUCUGUAAUUCAUUAACUCAUAUAGGCGCUUUUUUGUCUUCUUCAUUUAAAUGAAUAAACUGAAUAUAUUCAAAUUAUU